GAUAAAUCCAAUAGCAUGUAAAAUGUAAAUAACAAUUUGCAGUUCUUUUUCUACGUUUUAAUUUGUACAUUUAUCCGUUAAAACUAAUUAUUCAAUGUAAUAUCUUAACUCUUCAAAAUGGAAACCGAAAAUCAAAAUUUUCAAAAAUCUUCAAUGUGCAGUUUUGUGGUGAGUAGUGUGUAUAGUUUUUGACUAAAUAUGAUAGAAAUGUAAUCUAGCUGUCUGACAUAAAGAAAGAUCAAAAUAAUGUAAAAUAUCUAAAUAAUUACCUAUUCUAGUGUAUCUACAUAGUAUAGUUACCUAAUGAAAAUAUCUUAAUAUACAUAUAAAUACAAAUAUAGAAAUAAGCCACAUCUAUAAUAAUUAUUUGUCAUGUGGUCAUUUAUAUUGUUGGUACCUAUAUCAUUUAAAAUAUAUAUACCUAUUUGUAAUUACUAAUUUCAAUUUUAUGUGAUUUUUUCUCAUUAGCCAGAACAAGAAUAUACAGAAGGGAGACGGAAACUCAUGUCUUGGUUAAAUCAACAAAUGAAAAUUCAUCUACUAGAUGGCCGUGUUUUAGUUGGAACAUUUGUUUGUACUGAUAAAGAUGCCCAUAUUAUACUGAGUUCAUGUUAUGAAUAUUUUAAUGAAAAAGGUAAAAUUCUGAUUAUUUUUAUUUAUUAUUUGUCAUUUUCGAUUCACAACUUUUUUCCAAUGUAUGUUAAGAUUUAGAUACUGGAGAAUCUAGACUUUUGGGCUUGGUGAUGAUACCCGGGCGACAUAUAAUUUCCAUUCAUACUGAUGUACAACAAACAAGUGAACAAUCCAUAAAUACAUCAAAUUCAGAUCAAACUUAGUACAUUACUACAUAUUUGUAAUAUACUUUAAUAUUGUAACAUCUUAUGGAUAUUUAUAUAAUCCUUAUAAAUUUGUUAUCUACAAACAAUAUACAUGUUUAUGAUAUUGACAUAAACAACUUAUCUA